CGAACAACCUCAACCAGCAGGAAGCAGCAGGGAGCAGUACUGGUGACAGAGUAGAGAGCCAUGUACAACGGGUACGGAGGCCAGCAGGGCUAUUCAGGUGCAGGUGGGUAUGGACAGCAACAGCAGCAGCAGCCUAUGCAACAACAGCGUACAGGUUUCCAACCUACGUCAAGCUUCGGACAGCAGCAAUUUGGUAUGCAAGGCCAAGCAGGACAGCAGCAGCAACAGCUAGGAGGACAGUCAAUGCCCUAUGGACAAGCUACACAGGGAUCAGGCUUUCAGCCGCAGCAAGGUGGAUUUCAACCACAGCAGACUGGCUAUCAACCGAGUCCUGCUGGGUUCGGCGGUAUGGCAGGUCAAGCGAUGGUACAGCAGAGGACAGGCUAUCAAGCGCCGCCUCAGCAGCAGCAGUUGCAACAGCAGCAAACUGGAUAUAUGCCAUAUGGACAGCAAGCGCAGCAACAACCACCUAUGCAGCAGCAAGGCUAUGGUAUGCAAAUGAAUCAGACUGGUUUUGCUGGCUUUGACAACAACUUUGCCUCCCAGCCGCUCUUCAAUCCUGUAACGCAGCAGCAGCAGCAACAGCCUCAACAGCAGCAACAAGCUCAACAAGCUGCACCAAAGUUGAAGCAGCAAAAGACGGGCGCCAAUAUUCCCAGCCAGCGUCUUUCUUUUGUCUCUGCCGCUGAACAGCAGAAGUUUGAAGACUUGUUCGCUAAGGCGGUGCCGUUCAAUAAGACUGCGCUCGAGGGAGAAGAAGCCAAGAAGAUCUUUCAAAAGAGUGGGCUUGGCGCUAGUCAGUUGUCACGUAUUUGGGCCUUGUCAGAUACAACGCGUUCUGGUCAAUUGCUGUUUCCAGAAUUUGUGCUGGCCAUGCAUCUCAUCAAUAAAGCGCUCAAGGGCGGACCAUUACCGAGCAAGGUUGAUGAUACAACGAGCAACGAAGUAUCGAGCAUGGUGGACUACAUUGCUUUCAGCGCUCCGGAUAUCGCUCCACCCACGCCUGCACGACCUGCCAACAGUAAUGGACAAUUCCAACCAAUUGCCAAUGCGCCCAACUUUGAGAGCAACACGGCACUCCUUGGCUCAAUUCAACCUCAGCCGUCUCUCUUUCAAGCACAAGCAACUGGAUUUCAGCCUCAGCAGACUGGCUAUCAGCAGCAAGGUGGCUUUCAGCCUCAACAAACUGGCUUCCAGCCUCAACAGACUGGUUACCAGGUUGGGCACGGGUUACAACCCGGUCUGACGGGUAUGCAACAGCCCGGCUUGACGGGCAUGGCACCACUCAUGUCACAACAAACAGGACCUGGUGUCUUUGCCGCUCAGUAUGGCAUGCAACCCUUGACAAGUCAGCCAACAGGUCGACCUGGAGAAUGGGGAUUUGUGAAUGCACCAGCGCAGGGAUUACCAGGGAUGCAAGCGCUAGGUAUGCAAAUGAUGCCUGGUGCACAAGGUCAAAUGUUUCAACCUCAACAAAUGCAGCAGCAACAGGCUGAAGUCCCAUGGGCCAUCACGAAGCAGGAAAAGGCCAUGUUUGAUACGAUUCACAAGGCUUGGGAUAAGAAGAAGCAAGGGUUCGUUGAAGGUCCAGUUGCGAUUGAGAUUUUUGGACAGUCUGGAUUACCUCGCAGUGACCUCGAGCUUAUCUGGGCAUUGGCUGAUGCGGAUGACAAGGGGAAACUCAAUGCGGAUGAGUUUGCCGUUGCCUUGCACUUGAUUUAUCGCAAGCUGAAUGGCUACGAGAUUCCCAUGCAACUUCCACCAGAGCUCGUGCCGCCUUCGACGCGCAACUUUGGCGAGUCCAUCAAUCAAGUCAAGAGCAUGCUGCAACAAGACGCGAGCUCCAGGAAUGGACCGACCAGUUUCAUGAAGAACAGGUCGUUUAAGGAGAUUGCGCGUGAUUAUGCAAAAGAUGGAACAGUAUAUAAGCACGACGACUCGGAUGUCGGCUACGUCUCUUCUGCACGUAGACGCGCUGCAAAGCCUGUUCCAGAGCAACCCCGUUCAGAUGAUUUCUCAUCUUCAUCGAGUAUCGCUGAUCUCAAGAAGCGCAUUAAGGAGAAGCAAGUCAUGCUCGAUGCGAUUGACGCGCGGGAUGAUGCACAACAAGGUCAACGCGAUGAAACAGAUAUUAAGGCAAGACAGGAGGCCGACAGUCUCAAGCGCGAAGUUCGCAAAGUACAAGCAAAACUCGAUGCGCAUGCACAUGCUCACCUCUUGUCGCAAGAUGAUGCGCGUGAAAAAUUGGUAUUGCAAGGACAACUUCGGCAGUUGGUGGAUCAACUCCCUAGUAUUGCCUCUCAGGUACGCAUUGCCGAGCGUCGGAUCCAGGAAUUGCAUAUGGAAAUUUUUACUGCUCAGGAUAGGAAGCAGAAUCCCGGUGGUGCGACACUCAAGGGAACAGGACCCGGCGGCGUUGUGACGGAGGCGGAUCGUAGAAAGGCCAAGACAAAAGCUAUGAUGGAGGCAAGAAUGGCUGCUCUGACCGGUAAACCUGCGCCCAAGACUCUUGGUGAUGAUGACUUUGAAGCCGCUCAAGCAAGGCAAGCUACAAAACAAGCUGAACUUGCCAAGACGCGCGAAUCGAACGAGCAAAUGAUUAAGGAUAUUGAAGAGAGUGCGGAUCAGCUCAGGCAGGAUAUCGCUGCUGCAUUGGGAUCAGCACAGGCGAGUAGUGCUGGUGAGCAUGAACGUCGGCGUUGGCAAGAUGCUGUUGGCGUUGAACCAGAGGUGCGUGAUUUCAUACGCGAGCUGUGGUCUGCGAGACCUGCUGCGUCGACAUCAAGUGCUUCCGUCAGUGCGCCACGUGCUGAGGCUAGACCUGCUGUUGCAGUAGAGCAAAAGGCCGCAGUUGUUGAGGAUCGUGCUGCGUAUCUUAAGCAGCAAGCUGAGCAGCGUAUGGCGGAACGUCUUGCAAAACUUGGUAUUCGGCCUACUAAGAAGACGCGUGAGCCACAAGCAUUGUCGAACAAUGAAGAGGCUCCUCCAGCACAGACACCCGCAGAUCAGCAAGCAGUCAAGCAGGUGUUGCAGGAAGAGAAAGACAAGCAACAUGCAGAGAUCCAAAGAGUCGAAGCACAAGCGAAGCGUGCCGAGCAGGAAGUCAAGGAGGCUGAACAGAAGCAGCAAGCUGAAAUAAAGCGUGUCAAGACUGCUCAAGCAGCUGGAGAAUUGGCUCAGCAGGAUGCAGCAAAGCAAGCAAAGGCAGCAGCCAAGCCAGUCGACUCGCGACAAGCCAAAUUGGAAAAGUUGCGCAGCGAGCGUGCUGCAAGAAUCGCCGAAGAAGAGCGACUCGAGCGUGAAUUGAUGGAUGCAUCCUCGUCUGAUGAUGAAGCACCUUUGCAAGUGCAAACGCAAGAGAAGCCUGCUCAAGCGGAAGCGGUCGCUCCUCCCGCACCGAGCCACAACCCUUUCCACAAGCUUCAGGCAUCCACCCCAGCACAGGAGACGAGUACAGAAACAAAUCCAUUCCACAAGAUGGGGCAGCAGGCAAAGGUUCCUGAAGCAGCGCCCAUCGUUGCGCCUGUGGCUGUCGCGCGGCCUCCCGUACAAGCUCCUCCCAGACGAGUCAAUGCGCCGCGUGCGAGGCCUCAGAAGAAUGAUGACUGGGACAGCGAUUCUGGUGGUGAUGAGGAUAGCUCCUCUGACGAGGAAGGUCCAUCUCCGGCAGACUUGGCAGCCCGAUUGUUCUCCGGUGGUAUGCAACCGCAACGCACAGGUGGCGCUGCGACUCCACUGGGUGCGCAACGAACUGGACCUGCUGCUACGCCCUUGGGUAUGCAGCGCACGGGCGCUACGUCCACACCACCUGUUGCAAAAGCCCCUGCACCACCUCUUGCACCGCCAGCUCCUCCCGCAGCGCCGCCUGUUCCACAGGGCAUGCCGCCUAUUCCAUCAGCUCCAGCUGGAUUACCUCCACCACCGCCACCAGCGCCGCCUAUGGGAAUGCCGGGGAUGCCACCUCCUGCCCCGCCACCUGCACCGCCCGCGCCGCCCAUGGGAAUGCCCGGUCUACCACCUCCUCCUCCACCGAUGAUGGGUGGGCUGCCUCCUCCCCCUACGCCUGUUGCGUCUAUGCCAUCUGCUGGUCCUCAAGACCGCAGUGCGCUGCUACAAGGGAUUCAAGCAGGCAAAGCUCUGCGAAAGACCAAGACGGUUGAGAAGGGAACGGAGGUUGGAGGACGCGUCCUGUAGACCUUGCUUGCUUCUCUUUCUGUAGUGUACAAGUACAAGUAGAGUCUUAGUAGACCAUCCAGUAACUUCCCU